AUGAAAACAAUAAAUGUUUUGGUUGCUCUCUCAUCAUGGGAUCAAUUUGACCAGACCAGCAUUAGUGAAAAUCAUAAUCUUCAAAAACACAAAUUCCUUGCGUGGGAGAAUCGUGGCCGUUUAAUUGACGCGGAGAUUGAGGCCCUUCGUCUUUUUAAAUUACGAAAGAUGCGAAUGUGUGGAGAUUUGUAUGAAGAUGAUGGGACUAAUAUAAGUGACAAUCUCUUUGCAUUACAAGAUGAUUUAAGUGAUUCUGCUCAUUUUAUUCUUCUUUCCGGUACUGAACACACCGAUGGUUUAGAACAUUCACGUUAUGCUCUUUUACAUGCUAUCUGCACUGGUAUUCAACAUUUACAGAAAGGUGGUGGGCAACAAUUUGUUUAUUCAAAUAGGCAAUCAAUGCGUAGUCCAAGUAAACAACAACAAAGUCCGAGUGGAGGAAUACCGUUUUUAUUGGAAUUUGAUUUUGCUGAAUUUUUACGUGAAUGGAAAUCAGAAACGUUUCAUCGGUUAGAACUAGGUCAGAUUUAUUGUAGUUGGAUGGAACGUUUAUAUGGUGGUCAACAAAAAGAACACAGCUAUUUACUUCGAAAAAUGCAUCGAGAUAUGGCACAACUUGCAAUAGAAUCAGGCAAUUCUCAGCUUGCUGCAAUGCAUUCUUGGAUGACAACUUCUACUUCUCCAUCACCACAGCAACAAUAUAUUAAUGAUUUUGAUCCUAUUAUUGCUAAUGGUGUCAAUUCUAAUAUUAGUUUUGCUGCUAUGGUGCCCCAAAUGCUGCAGCAACAAGCAUUUGCUCCUGCGAUGUUUUCGCCAGGACUUGAUCAACAACAACAUUACUUUGUGCCUCAGAUUUCUCCAAUGAUUCAACAACAACCAUUUGACAAUAAAAUGAUUUCGACUAUUCCACCAAAUACGAACCAAGUACUUUUAUCAGAAGAAUUUGAUGGUGAUUCUGUUAAAUUAUUGCUAAAUGAAGUUUCCAUCCUUCAACAAUUUGGAAUUGAUACUUCUUCUGUUAAUGGACAUCGAUUUGAGCAAUUACUUGGUGAGCAACCGUUAUUUGAGGAAUUCUGUAAAGAAGUUCGACGAGAAUUUUCCUCUUCUAAUAAAGAAAAUGACGUUUCCUCUUUGGAAAUAUUUUUAUGCCAACUUGAACAAUCUGCUUUCAAAGAUUUUUGGCUUUCAGUCAAACAUCGUCAAUAUCGUUUAUUUGAAUUGGCACUUCAUUCACAUUUACUUUUCCUUGAAAAUCUCUUUCCUGGAAAAAGUCAUGUUCAGACAAUGGAAGUACUUUUACGUUUUCUUAAAAUGCUUACCAAACAACCAGAAUGGUUUGUAAGAAUAAUGAAUAUUUCUGGUGGAGGUGAAAUGAAUUUUUGGAUGGAAAGAAUUGCUGUAGAUGUUUGGAUAGAUGUCAUUCCACAAUUAUUUUCUUAUUUGAACCAUUCUAACUCAAUUGUUCGUAGUAUUAUAAGUUUAUUACUUGACACAAUUGGUCUUCAUUUACCACAUGCAAUAUGUUAUCAAGCAAUUGUUAUUGCUGAACAAUUGGAUGAUUUUGACAUUUUUAUGAACAUAAAAAGAAAUCAAAGUACAAUAAAAACGUUUGACAAUAAGGACUGUAAUGAGGAAGUUAAUUCAAAUGUUGAUACAAAAGAAGCAACAGAAGAAUUAUUGGAUAAUCAAGUAAUUGAAUCUUCAUUAAAACAUCAACAAACUAAUCUGGUUGAGUGUUGUCGUGUAUUAGUCAAUUCACUCUCUGGUAGUCAUCCACUUUUGGUUGGUGAAACACGAACUUUCUGCAAUGCUCUUAAAAGAAUUGCUCUUUUGAGUGAUGAACAUUGGCUUUAUGUUUUAUCUCAAUUCGAUCAACAAUUGAAUCGUCUUUUUAGAACUCUUGCUUCUCUACCAGCAGCAAUGCAAACACAACAACAUUUAAAGCAAAAACAAAAUAUUUGUUCUUAUUUAGAAAAAGUUCAUUUUUCUUUAAAUGCUCUUUUCAAUAAAACAUGUGUUGAUUGUGAUGAGUUUACACAAAGUGAAAAUGAUCUUCAAUUUAUUGCUGAUUUUGCUGAACAAAUACGUGAAUCUUUGGAUAUUUUAAUUGAGCAAAAUUCUGUUGGAAAUUAUCGAAAGGCUUGGGAACCUUUUAGAAAAAUUCUCUCUGAUUUAAAUAAAAGAGCAUUGAAGCGUGCUUCAUUGUGCCUCAAUGUUGCAAAAAUUUCUCCAAUUCUAAGCGAAAUGAACUCUACCGCUAUUCCUUUACCUGGGCAAGAACAUUGUCCAUUUAAUGAGAUUGUUACUUUACAAAAAAUGUCUCCUAUAGCUUAUGUCCUUCCGACGAAAACGCGUCCAAAGAAAAUUUCUUUUAUUGGAAAUGAUGGAAAAACUUACACAUUUCUCUUCAAGGGACAAGAAAAUUUAUAUAUCGAUGCUAGAUUGAUGCAAUUACUUCGAAUGUGCAAUACAAUCUUCGCCGAUCCAAAAAAUCAACGUCAAAUGGACACACGUCCUCCUUAUCAUACUGCAGCUACUUAUUCUGUUACACCACUAGGUGCACGAUGUGGAUUGAUUCAAUGGGUUGAAGGUUCUACACCACUUUUUCAGCUUUAUUGGAAAUGGCGUGUCCGACGAGCAAAAUUUUUGGCUGAAUUAGAAGAAAAUAAACUAAAUAAACAACAAGGAAUUCCAAAUAAUGUACUAAAACGUGGCGGUCUUAUUGAUAUUUCUCAUAAACAAAAAAUUAAUUUAACGGACAAAUCAGCUAUUACAACUUCAACUGAACUAGAGCGACCAAUUGAGCAUUUCUUUAAUAAAUUGAGGGCUGUGUUUGCUGAAAAUGAUAUUGCCAAAGAACGAGUGGCAGAUCGACGUCGAUGGCCCCCUAAACUUGUGAUGCGUGUACUUCACGAAUUGAUUGAUGAAACACCAAGAGAUAUACUUGCAAAAGAGAUUUGGAUGCAUUCUUCUACUUCAGCUGCAUGGUGGGAACGAACUCAUAAUUUUGCGCGUACUACUGCUGUUGCUUCAAUGAUUGGAGCUUUAUUCGGCAAUUCUUUUAAAAUUAUUUUUACACACAUUUUUGUUUUUAGGACUUGGUGA